UGCCUGUAGUACCCUUGAUGUUUCAUGUUGCCACUCUUGAAAAUAGAAGUAACAUUUUCUUUCCUCCACUCUUCAGGAAUCUUUCCCAGUUGACAUGACAUUUCGAGGUAAUAAAGAGUGGACUUGCAGUGGCAUCAUGCAGCUUCCCCAGCACUUGUGGGUCCAACCUCUUAUGCUUCAUGAAUUUAUAUAUGUACAGUUUGUUGAGGCUCUCUUUAAUAUAUUUUUCCUUUUGUGGAGGGCCAGGCAUGUUCCAAACUUUCCUCUGUUUUCUGGGGCUUAGGAUUCCUCAAGGACAGUUUUACCAGAAAACACGGAGGCAAAGAAGAACUUCCUUUCCCGGAACUUCCCUUCCCUUCCCUCCAAAUCCGGAGCUGAAGAAGUUUCCCUGCCUCUUGCACACUUCUCUACCAUUUGAAGGAGAUCAAAGAAAGGGAGGAAUUUGGUAAAAACAACAAAACCAACCAAAUAAAACCCCAACCCACAAUCAAAAUAACCUCAAAAACAAACAAAUAAACAAAAACCAAAACAGAAAACCUCUCCAAAACAACAGCAACAAAUAACCCUAAAACAACGACAACAACAACAACAAAACAACUCAGAAUAAAAACAAACCCCUCCAGAUCCUCAAAACUUGAGCAAAACCCAGCUGCCUGCAUCCACCCAGCUACCUGCAUCAGUGUGCUGACACUCUCAGCUGUGCUUGGAGAGAUGCAUACAGCCAGGGUGCUACCUUAGAAGACAUUUAACCCACAACAAUGUUCUCCAUGGUCUUGGAAACCUUAACAUGGAGAUGAAGCAAGCAAGCAAACCUAAAAGUAAACAAAUCCAAAAAUCUUCCCAAAAUUUGAAGCAAGCAUUUUCUCCCCAAAAUAGCAGUUACCACGAUUCUUCUCAGCAGAAGAACUGUCCCCAGGAUGCCUUAAAUCAGCAUAAACAAUUUCCCCAGCCAUGGUUGCUCAGAAGGUCCCAGAAGCAGCCCAAAAGUGACACUGUCCUCAGACAACCCCUUGCCUUGUGAACUACGCACUCACAGCUGCAUCUGCUCCAGGAAAUGAGAUCCAAUGUGGUCAAGGGUUGCUCAGCUCCUGCCCAGGAUGAGGAGCAGGUUGUACCUCAGCACUGGGCUUGUUCCCACAGAGCAGACACAGGUGAGGCAAGAGCACCUGUAGAGGUGGAACCCCAAAAAUGGAGGAAAUAAGAGUUUAUUCCGGAUUUUUGGGCAUCGAAAGGAACAAGCGGGCAGGUCACAGCAUGGAGAUGAAGCCAGAGGCACGUGUCGCCUGCCAGGUGAUGCUGGCAGUGCUUUUCACAGCUCUGCUCAUCACAGCCAUCGCUUUUGCAGUGCAAGCUUUUCAGCCUCAUGCCCAGCCCUGCUUUCAGUGCCCCUUUGACUGGAUCAGGUACCGAGGAAAAUGCUACUAUUUUUCUGAGGUUGAAGGGAAUUGGACAUACAGCCAGGACAACUGCUCAGCACUUGGUGCUUCCUUGGCCAUGCUGGACAGCACGGAGGACUUGAGCUUUGUGAUGAGGUACAAAGGCAUCUCAGAGCAUUGGAUUGGCCUUUUGCGAGAGGAUGAGGAGCAGCCAUGGCUGUGGGUGAAUCGCUCACCUCUAUCUCACCUGUUUCGGAUCCGUGGUAGUGGGCUCUGUGCUUACCUGGAUGACAAUGGGCUCAGCUCCUCCCACUGCAGCACUGAGAGGAGCUGGAUUUGUAAUAAACAUGAGCUGCAGAGCUCAGGCAAGGGCAACAGGAUGAGACGGCCUCCAAACCUCUGUGUCAGCUCCUUGGGUGCUGCAGGGAGGCCUUCUCACUCCCAGGUAUCUGGUGCACCAUAGGGACAUGAAAGAAAAUCUCAAAAAGAUUUUGAAACCCCUGGGUAAGGAGUUAUUGGCGUUUCCAGAGGCCAACAAAGUGUUUCUGGGACAAGGCAGACUUUGGGGAUCCACAUGAGAUGGUUCUUAAGAAUCUGAGGGAGUGGGGUGGGGUGGAAGGGCAGCUCUGGGGGCUCUUUUUGGGUUUGGGGCAACUUGGUGAUGGCCUGAAUACAGAUGCCUUCUACUUCUUAGAGAAAAAGAAAUUUAUUCUAUCUGGAGCAUAUUUACAUGCUAAGUACUUGGAAAUACAUCUCAAGUGUAGGGAACAGCAGAGGAAAAGAGUGGGGACAGUGGAUGUGAGCACAUCCUUGUGAUAACAAGGGGAUUUAAAUGAUAUAAAACAAUAGUAAAUGAUAAGUUUUAAUAUGAGGAAUAGCUGCUGGUAUUAAUACAAAGUCUGCAAAAAUCAAGAUUUUUAAUUUUUGCUGGAAGCCCAGCCAAUCAUAGGCACUGAGGUCAGCAAAAGGAAACUUCCAGAGGAAGCUGUAUUUGGGAGAAAAAAAUGAAGAUUUUAGCUCAAAACAAGCUCAUGGAAGUCCAGCUCCUGUUAACAAGCUUUGCAUGAAUUUAACAACUUAAGAUGAGCCGUGCUAAGCUCAGACCCAAUAUCCCCAUGGCACAACCCAAAACAGAGGCAUCUAAGAUGAAGGAAGGACCAUGAACUGAGUUAGAAAUUACUCCAAGACUUGGAAAAUUAGAGUUGAGGAGCAUCAACCAGCAUUUCCAACCACUGUGAUGCAACCAGCUUUUGGGAGGAUCCUUUCAGGGCAUCAGCCCUUGGAGGAUAGUUUAAUGGUUGAGAGGAGCACGCAAAAGUAGGGGAAGACCCUCUCCCCACUGAAGGAGGCAGGCAAAGUGAAGAUGCGUUGGCGUCUGCUGACAGCGUAGAAAGAGACCUGUCCCACCUCGUAGUCCAGGUAGACCCCAAUCUCCCCAUUGAGGAGUGGGACAGAGGUGUGGGAGGGAGCUGUGAGGGCAACGCAGAGCUCAUCAUACUUCUGCAAGCCCCAGAUUUCAGUGUUGGGCUUGAAGAGGACCCGGCCUUUCCUCUGAACUGACUCACGGGCCACCCCCACGGCCCAGAAGCGCCCAUUGGCCUCCACCUCCCAGUAGUGCCGGCCCGAGGUGAAGCCCUCGCUGCCCAGCAUGCACGGGUCUGUGUCGAACCGGCCUGGACCCUCGGGCCACUGGCAUCGAGGUCUGCCCCAGGUGGCUUCCUUGAGGUCCUCAGAGAGGAUCACCUCUGGGCCCACUGUGGCUGGAUCCAGGGUUACAUCCACUGAAAAGCAAAACAGAGAAUGAAUCAGAAGCCAAAUUUAAGCCUAGAGAAAAUACACCCCCAAAAUGCCUUCACUGGUGACUUUUCAAAGAGAAAGGGAGAGGAAGGGUGAGGCUGCAGAUGUAAGUGUGAAGAGGUGGAAGUAGGAGAUGGAGGAUAUAUAUCCAGUUGAGGCUGGAGAUGGAAGAACAAAGAGAUGGAGGUUGGAGACGGAGGCCCUAGGGAGACAGAAGGUGGAGCUGGAGAAUCUCCAACCCCAUUGAACAUCUCAGCCCAGAAAACACAAGGAAUGGGUACUUUGCUCCUUUCAAGCUGCCUCUGAUUACCUUCAAACUGUUUGGCGGUGUGGUAGUCCAGGGCAAGGUCCCAUGUGCAUGGCCGUGGUUUGAGGAAGAAAGCCAUUGCACCCUCAGAGUCCUUUCUUCCUGA